GCACUCCGGUAUGCUGUAUGUCGCGGCUUCUGAGACGAGGUUAAUGAAGUCUGCAUUUACAAGCUUUAUUUAGGCCCUAAAGCAAGAAGGGAAAAUGGCUUCACUACUCCGUGGCAUUCUUGGACCGAGGCUGUAUAGAGUGAACUCUCAUGGAACGAUUAAGGGUCAUGACUACCAAUCCAAUGCAAUUGAGAAACACAGUGACAAUAUAAUAAAGCUGAUUUCAUUUUGCUGGUCAUUCGGAUACUACACAUCUCCAAUAAUUAUUGGCAUCUUGUAUCGACGAGGUUACUUUAGCCUCGAUGGAGCAUUAAGUCUGGGAAAGUUUGGUGGGAUGAUGUUAAUUGCACUAUGUGGAGCCUUUUACGUCAGAGGCCUGGGAAGAGCUUACAGUCCAGAGUAUGGGGUUUUCAUCACUUUACUAGAUGAGAUAAGUAGGAAUGGACAGAGUGAGAAUAGGAAAGAGUUGCAGUUCUAUGAUUUUGACUUCUCUGCUUGGCCAGUUGAUUAUCAGUGGAACAAAAGUGGCAGCCAGCCGCUGUGGAAGAACCAGUCUUCAGGUUCACAGAGGUCCCGGGGUGCUGUGGAAUGGCUUGGCGGGUUGCCAUGCCAACUGCUGAGUUACCUUGCCAUUCAUAGCUUUGGAUGCAGGAUAGUCUAUCCAGGGAGUACCGCUCUGCUCAAUGCAGCCAUAAGUUCCCAACUUCUUCUUGGAAGGAUGAAGCUCAUUGAGAAGGAUCAUGGGAAGAGGUCAAAGGUCAGAACAAAAGAUGGCAACUCAAUCGAUACCAUGUUCGUUGACAGGAGGCUCAAGACAGCAUUUCCAAACGGUCAAAAACUGGUUAUUACAAGCGAAGGUAAUGCUGGCUUUUAUGAAAUAGGAUGUAUGGAAACACCCCUAAAAGCUGGAUAUUCAGUGCUAGGAUGGAACCACCCAGGCUUCGGAGGAAGUACAGGUUCCCCAUUUCCAGAGACUGAAGGCAAUGCCAUUGCAGCAGUUAUGCAGUAUGCAGUAGAUGAGCUUGGCUUUGCCUACGAUGACAUCAGUCUAUUUGCAUGGUCAAUUGGAGGAUUCGCUACUUCAUGGGCUGCCAUGAAUUAUCCACAGAUUUCCUUUGUUAUUGUAGAUGCAACAUUUGAUGAUCUUAUACCUCUUGCUAUCGCUAAGAUGCCACCAAGUUUGUCAAAUUUUGUUUCAUCAACAAUAAGGACAUACAUGAAUAUGAAGAUUGCAGACAACCUUAGCAAUUACAAGGGCCCUCUUAGGAUAGUGAGAAGAACAAAGGAUGAGAUCAUUAUAACAUCCGAACUUCCUGAUGUAGCAUAUAAUAGAGGGAAUGAUCUCCUAAUCAAGAUCUUACAAUCAAGAUAUCCAAAGUUGUUAGACGAUGAAGUAACAAAGGUUUUAAGGCAAUUCCUCAGCAUUUCAGAUCAACUUAGCAUGUUAUCAAUGUAUUCGGCGUUUGAAGUAGAUGAUUCUGCAUGCUUACGUGUUCUCAAGGAGUAUGCUGAGAAGCACUCUACCAAGCUCCCUAUGCUCAUAGGUGAUGAUAUGAAUCAUUCAAGGAAGGUGCAAUUAGCUUUGUACUUGAGUACCAAGUACAUGACAGAUUUUGACUCCACCCACUGCACACCUCUACCAGCAUCGUACUUCCUACCUCCAUGGAAUCUAGACGAUGAGAUGAAAUGAUCACACCCCACCCUCAACCUUCCCUUUCCCUCCCCUUCCCUUUCCCCUCUUCUCUUGUUGCUUCUCAUUUGUUUCCUCACCUUGCCUCUCUUACUUUCUGGAAAAGUGGAGUUCUGGUGGGGGGGGAUCAUCAACAAUUUUCAUCUGACAACUAUUCAUGGUACCACGGAGGUGCUAUAACCAAGUGGUCUAAGACACCUGACUAAGAUGUGAAAGUCUAGGGUUCAAUUCCCAGCCACAGCACUUAUGCACCUUGAGAAAGGCAUUUUAUAUCCUACAUUAAUAGAAAUUGAAAUGAUCCAAGCAUGCGUUGUUGGUACCAGUGUGUGUAAGUGUUUAUUUGAACCAAACAAAAGGGAUCUUGAUUUUCUGAGGAGCACAGAUGUCUGACUUUUAUAAUCAUUACAACUUGUCAGUCACCUGGUCACAGGUGUGAUCACCUGAUCACAGGAUUGAAGGAAAAAAUCUGGGGGGGGGGGUGGUGUGCUUCACAAAGAUUUAAGUAUGACUUAGAGUCGCACUUAAAUGCCUAGUUGUAUGCGUUAUAAAAGGCAUUGGUCAGAUCAUGACAAGAGGACGCGCAUUAUUGCGUAUUGAUCAAUAAGAUUUCAUGUUGCAUAUCAUGUACGCGUUGGCAUUUAAGUGCGACUCUACUUUAAUCUUUGUGAAACACCCCCUCGUUUUGUUUAUGAUGAUGGUAAUGAAGCAAACACUCGUCAGACAACUAUAUGGGAUGACACAGAUACUGUCCAUAGCUCCUGCCAUAUUUGUGAUACAGAUAUUCAAAAUGCAGUCCAUUGUACAGCUUAGCAAGAAAGAAAACAGUGAAGGUAGUCUACCCAACUGAGAUUUUGUGAUACAGAGAUACCAACUAUUGGCCCCUUUUGCAAUAUUAUGGUACUUCAGGAUUCUUAGAAAUAAAUCCCUUUCCUCCAAAUUUUACAGAAAAGUUGAUUUUUUUUCUUCUCCCAAGUACAUGUUCUUAUCCUCCUUCAAAUAAAUGCACUUUGCUUGAUGGGACUGGCAUAUCCCUGUUGAUUGAAAUUGUAAAAUUGACUCUAAAAUGUACUUUGAAUUUGAAUAGAACCUUGUUGUGGAUAUCAUGCUUAAAUUAAUUCUAUUUUUACUUUAACCACCGAUAAGUCAGUGUUUUUCACUUUUGUGCAAUGAUUAAUGCAUGUACAGAUUAGCAUAUUUCAUACAUGUACUUGAUGUUUCAUCAAGUUAAAGUAGAAUUUUUUUCAUGACGAGUUGUGAAUGAGAAACUUAAGAACAGGGAUAUAAGUAGAAUGAUACAUGUAGAUGAUUUCCAUGUAGUGUUGUUCAAUUAAAAUGUAUGCAAUCGAAAGAAAUGUAGGUACAUGUAUAUCUAUUGAAAUACAUCUAGAUAGUUUGUUGAUAGAAAAUAACAUGGUUAUAAAGUGUUUUAUGUGAUCAUAGAAACAAUGAUUGCGAUAAUUGUCUGAUCAUGUAUAGUGUAUUUUGACAUAAAGUGUUUACUGGUUGUCAGGGAAGGGGGGGGGGUACUUAGUAUAAUUUAGAAAAUCAUAGAAAUUCAUAUUUUUCCCCAUUCCGGAGACCCUCAAAUUUGGGAUUUCUAGUUCCAGUGCCCACUCAUACUCAGCGCAGCACAGUAGCAAAUUGCCAUUGACUCUGCAUUCAUGGACAGCCAGCCAAAGCUAGCUCUGCACACCGAUUCGGAGACUGCUGAUUGGUUAUCGUGCAGAAGCGUCACGUCCAAUUUCAUGCAUAUUCAUGCAAUGCUCUGAAACACGGAAUUUGUAUGCCGUUCCAGAGCAUUGCAUUUUGAGCAAUCAUUGAUCCUAGAGCAGUUCCAGAGACGCCCAUUUCAAGACCAAAGUUUAGUUCCAGAGCCCCCUAUUGUCGUUUUUGGUGCGGCAUGUAGGGGAAUGGCCUCUGAUAUUGCAGGACAUUUAGUCGACUGUUACUAGUGCCAGGGCAUUUUGUUGGGAGAAUAAUUACUUGGCCAUAUUUCUUUUCCCAUGAUAUUUUUUUCCUUCUUUCAUCUUUUCCUUUUUGGUCUUGCUCUUCUUUUCCCUUCUUUUCUAUGUACCUGAAAAAAAUGGGAGGGGGCAGUUGCCCCUCCCCUUUGUCCCCUGUAGUACGCCCCUGAUUGGUCAAAGUAUAAAGCAUUGUUGUGGAUGCUGUUUUAUUUAAUAGCUCAUUCAAUCAUAUUUACAUUGCAAAAUGCUGUUUGAAAUACAUUUUAUGUGUUUUCUUUUCAUAAUUUUAUCAAGUCUGUGUAGUGGUAGACUUGAGAGAAAUUCUUAUGGUGGUGCAUGUUUUUUAUUGCUGUUAUGCAAAAUAAGGGCCAAAUGAUUGUAUGAUAGUAAUUACAAUGUUCCCAUACAAAGCACGAGUAGUACAAAAAGAAAUAUAUUACAUAUUUUAAGUCAUUUCUCCUUUUUCAUAGUGGCUUGCAACCGCCACUUCACAAAUGCACCGUAAGUGGUGCAUGCGCCACUGAGUUUUACAUUAUUUUCUACAAGUUAAUGGGUAUUGUAUAUACACUGUAGUUCAUUCAUUUGUGAGUGUAUUGAAGUAAAUUAAAGGAAAUGAAUAUUGUGAAUAUGA